GUUAGGGUUUAGGGGUUUGCGGCGAGAGCCUGGCGGAAUGCGCUCUCCCGAUUUCUCGAUCUCUCUCUCGAUGCCUCCAGCGGCGCUCGCCAGUGGCACGGGCGCCGCUUCUCUUGCUCUGCGCUCGAGGAAUUUGUGCUGCGCGGCGACCGCGGGCGUGGAUUUGAAGAGCGCGGUCUCUCGCCCCGAGAUUUCGCAGGCGAUUCGAGAGGCUGUGCCACAUUGUCUCACAGAGACGAGGCUGGACGAGACUGUUCCUGGAUUGGGUCCUAAGCGGCGAGGAAAGGUGAGAGAUGUGUAUGAAACAAAGGAUCAUUUGGUAAUCGUAACCACUGAUCGAAUGAGCGCGUUUGAUCGAGUUUUGGCUUCGAUUCCCUUCAAAGGACAGGUCCUGAACCAGACAAGCGUUUGGUGGUUUAAUAACACAAGACACAUCACUCCAAAUGCCUUUGUUUCGGCUCCUGAUCCCAACGUCACCAUUGCAAGGAAAUGUGCAGUGUUUCCGGUGGAGUUCGUUGUCCGAGGUUAUAUCACUGGAAGCACGAGCACGUCGCUGUGGACAGUUUACAACCAAGGCAUCCGGUAUUAUUGCGGGAACGAUCUCCCUGAAGGGCUGAUAAAAAACCAGCGUCUCGAUUAUCUCAUGCUCACUCCGACUACAAAGUCUGACGAUCAUGAUCGGCCAAUUUCCGGCGAAGAGAUUGUGGAGCAAGGCCUGAUGUCCGAGGCUGACUAUAAAAGCGUUUCCAGUAAAGCUCUUGCGCUUUUUGCUUAUGGCCAGGAAGUUGCCUUGAAGCACGGCUUGCUGCUUGUAGAUACGAAAUAUGAGUUUGGGAAGAUGGCAGAUGGAUCAAUAUGUUUGAUUGACGAGGUGCACACGCCUGACUCGAGCCGAUAUUGGAUCGCUGGAUCAUAUGAGGAGCGAAUGAAACAGGGUCUGGAGCCUGAAAACAUUGACAAGGAGUUCCUUCGACUCUGGUUCAAGGACAAUUGCAAUCCUUACAAAGACAAGGUUCUCCCGGACGCUCCAGUCGAACUAGUGACUGAACUCGCAUGGAGAUACAUCCAUUUGUACGAGACAAUCACUAGCGAGAAAAUGAUAGUCCCCGAGAAAGCCGAGGAGGACGCUCACGAGAGGAUCACGAGGAGCGUCAUUCAAGCAUUAUGAACGUGCAGAGAAGUCCCCGGCGUACGCUUUGCAAAGAAUCUCCCUUUUUUUUUUUAACUUUUUCUUUGUCUCUUGACGUGAACUCAAUCAAGCUUGCUCGCUGCCUUGCAGUCACAGCCAACCAAAACCGAUCGAUUGAGCCAAGAAAACGAAUAAGUCCACCAAUGCGGCCUUUUGUCGCAUUACACAUACGUAUGAAUACAUCUCUCCCCCUCCAAUCUGUACACUGUUAUUCCUGCUAGAGUAGAAUGGUUUUGAUUGACUCUUC